CAAACACCCGACACCCCCAAGUCACCUUUAUGGGUGUCUAGAUAACACUAACAGAAAAACACAAUAAAAAAAAUACAAAACAAAUAAGAAACCACAGAUAAAUCAAUAUCCAUCACACAAAUGGCGGCAAAACGGAACCGCGAUGCGGAUAUCGUCAAGCACAAGAUGGGCCUACGGGUCCGGUUUAAGAAACUGGUUCGGGCGGCCAUCAUGAACCAGACAUGGCUUUCCGAUGAAGAGGAACAGGGCAUCUCCAUGAAUGUCAAGAAGAACGUAGCCCUGAUGCGUCAAAAACGAAAGCCCGGCAUGCUGACCCUAGCGGACAAGGCACUAUUGCGCUCGAAUCCCAAUUUCAGGACUAUUGAGGAACGCAAGAAACUUUGCAUGCUUAUAGCUGGACUGAACUGUUUCUCUAGGAUUCCACCGAAAAUUCGAUCACGCAUGGUCCCGGUCCUUAAGUUUAUAUCCCUCGCUGAAUCACGAUUAAUUAUCAAAGACGGUGAUAUGCCACUUUCCCUCUAUUUUAUACUAAAUGGCGAGGUGGAGAUGAAGAGGACUGUAUACAAUAAGACUACGAAACAGGUGGAUGAAGUUCCGGAGGCUAUUUUUGGUCCGGGAGACUGUUUCGGAGACGUUGAAAUGGUUGAGGAUUGCCCGAGAAUGAAUACUUAUACAGCCAUGUCUAGUUGUGAGGUUUUAGGUUUAAAUGACGAGGACUAUGAACGCAUCCUAAAACCAUUUAUGUUAAAACAAUGGAAUGAAAAGAAGCUUGCCCUAAAAGCAUUCGACUAUUUUGAUUUUCUGAGCCCAGAACAGAUAAUUCUCGCUUGCAAGUACUCUUACUUGGUUCAGUAUGAGCCCCUGGAGACCAUUUAUCUGGGGGAUAAGGGCUCUUUGGGUUAUGUGCGAUUUGUUCUUAGUGGAGAGUGCGUCAUUUUGCAGUGUUUGAGUAUGAAGGUAACUAACGAUGAUGGAAAGGUGAACUACGAGCUCACCGAAAUCGACAAGGAUAAGGAAGGACUUCAUAUGUUCCAAUCCUGGAAGGAUCUCAUUAGCCAUAACUCAUUUAUAGAUAUUCAGGACAUUUUGGCCUCUUCCUCCUCCUCUGAAGAUGUCGAAGGUGCCACAAAGAAGAAACAAGCGAUGCGCAAAAUGGGUCUAGCUGAAAUUGAGAAGUUCUGUGGUAUCCGAAGUUCGACCACUCCCAAAAAGAAACUGAAGCCCAGGAGGACAAUGAAUGUACAGGCACAGGCCAGGAAAACAGCAUUGAUACAGUCACUUAGGAGGGGCACUCCUUGGCUGCCAAAUGGGACACUCGGUUACGAUCAGGAUGAUGACGACGACGAUAACAUGGGCGACAAUGAAGAUUAUUUGGAUUACGCCGAUCUCGAUGAGAAUUAUUCAGAUGACAGCACAUAUGAUUCGGAUGUGUCCAUGGAUAGAACCAUUGCCGAUGUGCAAGUGCAGUUAAGAAGGAAUACCAUCGGAAGUACGGAAACAGAUAAGAAGGGAUCCAAGACCAGUUCGUCAUCAGAAAUAUUCACGGCUAGUUCGGGGAACAACGAUAAAAAUAAUAUUGAUGACGACAAAGUAUCCCUGAUUCCUGAUCCCGUUGAGACCCACUUUAUAGACGUUGGCUCCCUGACCUACGGCAGUGUCUUUGGUCUGGGUGAAAAGAUGGAGCACCGUGUUAUCAUGGCCCGCACGGUGGUCCAAUGUCUGCUCCUUCCGCGCUUCUGGCUCCUUGAAGAGGAACAGAAUCCGGGGAACAUCUGGCACCGUCGACGAUUUUACUUCGAGUGUAACGUGCCCUCGCGUCAGGAUCUAUUUACCAACUUUCUCAAGACCCGCCAGUGGAACAAAUUCCGACAUGACUACAUUCAAAGUCUGCUGAAUCGAGAGGCCAAGGGCAACAUCACCAAGGAGGAGGAUAUACCAAUUAUGUGUCGCAUUGUCGAGACCAGCGAUGAUGCCCCAUAAUGAACACACAAGUUCCCAUCCAAAUUCUCAGUGCUUCAACAAUAAAACAUGCUUCCA